CCGCCCUCAGACCGUCUGCGCUGCUCUUUGGCCCGACAGGUUUCCGACCGAUGGGUUCCUGCUUCUGGCCUUGCUGCUGUACGCCCCCGUGGGGCUCUGCCUGCUCAUCCUGCGGCUCUUCAUCGGCGUCCACGUCUUCCUGGUCAGCUGCGCCCUGCCCGACAGCGUGCUGCGACGGUUUAUUGUACGUGUGAUGUGUUCGGUGCUGGGCUUGUUUGUGCGGCAAAGCGAUCCCCGGCUCCGCGACGCCAGCGUGAGGGUGUACAUCGCCAACCACGUGACACAGUUCGAUCACAACGUCAUCAACCUUCUGACCUCGUGUAACACGCCUGCGCUGAACGGUGCCCCUGGCUUCAUCUGCUGGUCACGGGGAUUCAUGGAGCUGGGAGUGACCGGGAGCCGAGCGGAGCUGGUGGAUUCCCUGAAGGUUUAUUCGUCCCACAGAGGAAACCCACCACUGCUGCUGUUCCCGGAGGAGGCUGCCACCAACGGCCGGGCCGGCCUGCUCCGCUUCAGCUCUUGGCCGUUCUCAAUCUUGGAUGUGGUUCAGCCAGUUGCCCUACAAGUUCAGAGGCCUUUGAUCACUGUGAGCGUGGCUGACUCCUCCUGGAUUACAGAGCUGCUCUGGACCUUCUUUGUUCCCUUCACAGUUUAUCAAGUAAGGUGGAUGCCGUCUGUCCCCAGACGAGCUGAAGAGCUGAGUGAGGAUUUUGCGCUGCGAGUUCAGGAGCUCUUGGCCAUGGAGCUGGGUGUGGUAUCCACACGGCUCACGGCGGCAGAUAAAACUGAGCACAUGAAGAGGCUGAGACACACGUCACAUCUCCCCUUUUCCCCAGCCUCAAGCCAGCCCCUGGCAGCCAGGCCCAGGACACCUUCCAGCCUGGCUGGUGUUGCUCCUGAGGACGUGCGGAUCACGGCGAUGGCUCAGCGGGUCAAGGAGGUGCUGCCUCAUGUGCCUCUGGAGGUCAUCAGGAUAGACCUGGCCCAAACCAACUGUGUGGACACCACCAUUGCCAACUUGCUGGAGGGCAGAGUACCCUUCUUCCCUGAAAGUAAGGAGGCUGGUACCGACCUGCCUGCCCCGUCUACCUCCCAGGCUGCAGCUGCUUCUGGCUUCCAGGGCUCCAUAGCUGUGCCUUCUUCCAAGCCAGCUACAAAGCAAUUUGCAAAGUCCCCCGUGGAGCGGCACCUGUCCUUGCAGGAGCGGAAACGAGCGUUGUACGACUAUGCCAGGAG